GCACUUAGAUCCAAUCCUCAAAUAGCUCGCGAUCGGUCCUACUGAGCAAAGAUCUAACAUUUUCUCGUCACCGUUAUCUGCUCCAGGUGUAACUUGAACCUAAUGGCUAACAUUCCUCACGGCGGUAUCCUCAAGGACUUAGUUGCCAGAGAUGAACACAUCUCCGCUCAGCUUCGGGAAGAGGCUGCAGGUCUCAAAGACAUUGUCCUCACUGAACGUCAACUUUGUGACCUCGAGCUCAUCCUCAAUGGAGGUUUCAGCCCUUUGGAGGGCUUCAUGAACGAGGCGGACUACACAAGUGUCGUCGACACCCUUCGCCUUGCCGAUGGAACCCUUUUCCCCAUGCCUAUCACCCUCGAUGUCUCGCAUGCCGAUGUCCAAAACGUUGGCAUCACUGCCGGUGCUCGCCUUACUCUCCGUGAUCCCCGCGACGACUCCGCACUCGCCAUAAUCACGGUUGAAGAUGUCUACUCCUUCGACCGCGUCAAGGAGGCAGCCCAGGUGUUCGGCGCCGAUGACAUCGCGCAUCCCGCUGUCAAAUACCUUCGCAAGCAGGUGAAGGAUUACUACGUCGGCGGGAAAGUGCAGGCGAUCCAGGCUGUCCAGCACUUCGACUAUGUCGCUUACCGCUACACCCCUACUGAGCUUCGCGCUCACUUUAAAAAGCUUGCCUGGCGCAAGGUCGUAGCCUUCCAGACCCGCAACCCGAUGCACCGCGCCCACCGUGAGCUUACCGUCCGUGCUGCCCGCCAACGGCAAGCCAAUGUUCUCGUCCACCCCGUCGUCGGUCUUACCAAGCCUGGUGACGUCGACCAUUACACCCGCGUUCGUGUGUACCAGGCCAUUAUGGCCAAGUAUCCCAAUGGGAUGGGUCAGCUUGCCCUCCUUCCCCUAGCCAUGCGAAUGGCUGGCCCUCGCGAGGCUGUCUGGCACGCGAUCAUCCGCAAAAACUACGGCGCGACCCACUUCAUCGUUGGUCGUGAUCACGCCGGCCCUGGAAAGAACUCGCAGGGUGUCGACUUCUAUGGUCCCUACGACGCUCAGGAGCUCGUCUCGAAGUUCAAGGAUGAACUACAAAUUGAGAUGGUCCCCUUCCAGAUGAUGACAUAUGUCCCCUCCUCGGACGACUACCAGCCAACAGACGAGAUUGCAGCUGGUGUUCAGACCUUGGACAUCUCCGGAACGGAGCUCAGAAGGCGGUUGAAGUCUGGUGCCCCUAUUCCCGAUUGGUUCAGCUACGAUGCCGUUGUCAAGACUCUCCGUGAAAGCUAUCCACCGCGGGACAAGCAGGGCUUCGUCCUCUUGCUCACUGGCUAUUACAACUCUGGUAAAGACAUCAUUGCCAAAGCCUUGCAGACCGCUUUGUACGAACAGGGCGGACGGAGUGUGUCACUCCUCCUAGGCGAGUCUGUCCGUGGUGACUCGGAUGCGCCAACUAGCCUCACUCCUGAGGAGCGUCACGCCAAUCUGGAGAAGAUUUCUUUCGUCGCCACCGAGCUUACGCGAUCUGGUGCUGCCGUCAUUGCUGCACCUACCGCACCCGAGGAGCGUUCGCGGGCCUACCUCAAGGACAGCGUCGUUUCCGGUGGUGGCGCGGGUGGCAACUACUUCUGCAUCCACGUCGCUACUCCAUUGGAGCACUGCGAGAAGACCGACCGCCGGGGCGUCUAUUCCAAAGCCCGGAGUGGGGACAUCAAGGGCUUUGUUGGCGUGGAUGCGCAGUACGAAGCACCAACGGAUGCCAGCCUUGUGGUGGACACCACAUCGCAGAGCAUUCCUGAGAUCGUUCACAGCAUUGUCCUCCUUCUUGAGACCAACGGUCUCGUGUAAACUGCAACGAUAUCCCGUAGAGGACAAAAUGACGUUGAUACCCCAUUAACUAACUUAAGCAUCGACUAUAUGGGAGACGUUUCGCGAAGCCUGUGGUGCAUAUCAGCUUAUGUAUUUAGAGAGCAUGCCAUUUUUGUAUCCGGACUUUCAUGUACGCACUAUAGAGUAUUUGUAUGUCUCACCGUGGAGGUUCGAUGAGAACAAGGUCCCGACAUUGACACUCCGAUAUUCCAAACAUACAUAUGGCAUUGCACUUUGGUAUUCUGCUUUGGAUGCCGAGGGAUUUGGUUGCCCGCGACCGAGUCGGACUUUAUGGCCUUGUACCUCGCCUGUGCUCAUGUUCAACGUUCAACUUGAACUCG